AUGUUCAUCAAACAUGACUGGAAUGCAGCAGCUGGCACAUUAGAAGUGUACUACUGGAAUCCAGAAAACCGUCGUGAAGGCGGAACAUUUUGUGAUCUGAUUGUUUUUGAGAGACUGUGUGAUGUCUUCUUUGAAUUCUGCAUUGGAACGCAGGAGGGGGAUUGCAGUGUAUUGAAGACUCAAACGGACACAUUCAUGAAUAGAGUCGAGAUCAACAUGACUGGACAUUCAGCAAUACCCCUUUUUAUUAAACACCCUACACCGGUCUCUUUGAAUAUUGAAAUUGGUAUCUACGAUGCCGAUCAAUUCAGUGAUCCCGAUUUGAUAGGGAAAUAUGAAGUUAAAGUGCCUCUGAUCAAGGAGGAGUACUUUACAAUCCUCUCAAGCCACGCCGAAAACACGCCAACUGCUGGACCGAGAGUGGGAAUAAGAUUGAAAAUGCAGUGCUCCGAUGACUUCUAUGGUUCUCGUUGUGAAAAUUACUGCAAGUCUGAUGGGCUAUCAUACUACUGCUCGCCCAAUGGAGAACGUGUCUGUCUCAAGGGCUUUUUUGGCGAGUUCUGUAACCUAACCGACAUUUGUGAUCGUGAGCCAUGCGCCUUUGGAGCUACAUGUGUUCCCAAAUUAUCCGGUCGAUUCUGCAUUUGCAACGGCGGACAUUAUCCUGAAUGCUAUCCUUUAACUGACCCUUGUCGCUUCUCGCCCUGUCGUAACGGUGGUGUGUGCGACAAGAGUUCAACAAAUCCCCUCGGAUUUGUGUGUACCUGUCCAAAGUACUACACUGGUAUCUACUGCGAGCAGCGUCUCUCUUUGUGUGCUCUCUUAGAAGCAGAUCAAAAGGCAGCGAUACACAUCGCUUCUAAGAUGGCUCUUAGAGACGCAGGGGAAAAUAGUAGCUUUAGCGUCUCCUCACCUGCUAGCGUAUGUCUCAACGGGGGGGUGUGUGUAGAUCAUCCCACCAAAUUCAAAUUCUUUUGUAGUUGUCCCGAAGGCUGGACAGGAACUUGGUGUGAAACCAAGAUUGCUGAGGCAAGUCUACAAAUGGGAUUUAAGGAAGAUUCUUUAAUCUUAUCGAACAUACAACCAUGCUCGUUCAUUAUAGCCUCAAAAUGUGGGCCUAAUCGUCGGACUAAUCUGCGGUGCAUUCUGCAUCACCACUGUAUUUGCCAUCAUUGCUUAUCUUCUUCAACGAAGAAAGUGGAGACGCAAUUAUAUAGAGACCAUGAGGUGAAAACGCAAAGGUAUAAGGGAACCGCUAAUUACCACCUUUACUUCGCUAUUACUUGUAGACGCGUGAGUGCCCUCCAUGAACGAAACGCUUUUGUCUACGAGGCCGCAGUGCGGCCACAGAAUCUAAGUGCUGGCCAAAUAAACAACGAGAAUUAUGGUAAUAAUUCCAAGGGAUCACCGUCUGGAUCUGCAUACGAGCAGAUACUACCGUGUGUCGGGGACAGUUUAGAUGUUCACCGUCCAUGGUCAAUUAGUGAAGAAAAAGAAACAAAACCAACGCCAGCAGAGCGUACAUUUCUGAUUAUGGAAAGACCGCUUCCCCAAAUCCGUGUACCUCUGAAAACGGGAAAAUCGAAAGAAGAUGGAAACCUAUGA